ACUGAAUAUAUGGUAACAUACAACAGGAGUACAACUGAAUAUAUGGUAACAUAUAACAGGAGUACAACUGAAUAUACUGUCACGCAAAGUUCAACAGUAAGGAGUUCAAAAGGUGGUGGUGUGAUGAAGAAAAGACGGUUCCCAUACCCACGUAUCAAAUUCCCAUUGCGAGGAUUCUCUAAUUUGAAUACAUGUAUCAAACUGAACAGGCUCACUGCUCAUUGUUGGUGGCCAUAUAGGGUAUGGCCAUUUAAAAGCACCCCAUUGAAAAAAUGCAUUGGGAUAGGAUCUCAUUCUGUUGCAUGUGAUGUAACCGCAAACAACAGUAAUGGGGUAACUACAGUGAAAACUGUCAUAGUUGCACCUCAAGUAAUGUUCAAGCCAUUCAAAAACACAACAUGUACAUAUCUAAAUAAUGCAACCGUUCAUUGCACAAAAAGAAAGAAAUCCAAAUAUAAGACAUCACUAAACAUACCUAGCUACUGGCCAUUUGAUUUUCCAAGACCUCACUCAUGUAAAUUACUCAAUAACUACACUUUGACAUGUCAUGCACCCAUCACAACUUACUUCAACAACUGGCCAUUUCCAUUUCCCGUACCAACUUUCUGCAUGGAUUUAAACCAUGAAACAAAGUUUUGUCCUAUUCACUUAAACUCAACAGUGAAAACGGUAUUGUUGGAUUGGGAGUUCCCAUUUCCUUAUUCUCUCCCUUGUAUUCUAAUGAACAACAAUACAUAUUACUGCAAGGGUAUGUCAAGGGGAAAGCUUACAAUUGUCUCAUUUAAGUGGCCAUUCAGCUUUCAAGCCUCGUUAUGCACACUUCAGAAUCUCCAUAAACAUUAUUUCUGUUGUCCUCCAUUCAACAAAAACCUUAAUAUGUUUAAUCUAUUGCCUAAGAAAGGCACAGAGGUAACAUUUGUUAUAGAAUUCUGGGUGUCUCUGUUUGUAUGUAUUAUUGGCCUCAUGGGUAGCAUUCUUUCCUUCAUGGUUCUAAAAAUGCGUAAGAACAACUCGAGCGUAGUGUACCUGAAGGCGCUGGCAAUUAAUGAUGGUCUCUCAUGCAUCUGGUACCUCAUAUUUGAUGCAUAUCUGAUUGUUUACAAUUAUAGCUCAUGGAUAACUAAUCGUGAGAGUAAUUCCAUACAUCAAAUCCCACAAGUUGCUUCAACCUGGUUAUUUCCUAUACGGUCAUCCCUAAUUGCUAUAUCCAUCUGGUUGGUUGUCUUUUUGUCAUGUGAUAGAUACCAAAUUGUGGCCAGCCCUCUAAAGGCUAAAAGGUGUUGCACUGUACGUAAUGCAAUGAUUAAAACACUUGUUAUCGUUGUCACAUGCUUCUUGUGCCAUAUUCCACAACUGUUUUCUGGAAGAGCUGUCCCAUCUGUCAACAGUUGCACCAAUGAUAUGUGGAUAAAACAUGAAUUCACAGAUAUGGGUAACUCAGAUGCCUUUCAGAUUGGGUACAUGAUAGUUUUUCAGGGGCUCAUGAGAGGUUUUAUCCCAUUCGUGAUAGUUGCAAUAAUGAAUGGGCGAAUCAUCAUGAAAGUUCGGCAAGCGACAAAACGUCGUUUAGACUUGUCAAAUACAGAUCCUGACAGAAAAAGUACAGAUGACAAACUGAUGAGACUCCUCGUAGCAAUAGCAAUCUUGUUUCUCAUUUUGAUUUUACCAUGGCUUGGCUAUAUAACAUACUCAGCCAUAUUUAUUAUAUUUAAGAAUGAUGGAAGGCUAUUCACCAUCUUUCCAUUCUUAAAACAAGGAAGGAUACCUAUAACAAUAACAAAUGUCCCUGCAGUCACAAAUUCUUCAUAUUAUUUAGCUGCUACAGCAAUGCUUUGUAUUCGUCUUAAUGGAGCGCUAAAUUUUUUCGUCUAUAUAUUAGUAAGCAGUGAAUUUCAAAUGAACUUCAAGAAAUUGGUGUCUUGUUCUAAGGGAACAAUGCGGCAUCAUCAAAACCGUUUUGAGAUGACAGCAACUACGAGUGUAAGGAGGUUUCACAAGACAGCAUCAAAGUUCAAGAAACCUGUCUCUUUAGCAAGUAGAAAUGACAUUGUGACAACCAAGGUCUAACUCUAGAUAUCCUGAGCCAUACCCUAAGAUUCAAAAGAAUUGUAAAUGGAAUUGAUAAAAGUCUCUAAACCAUUUUACUCCCUAGGAUUUUUUUCUCAGUUUGGUAAAAUUCUUGUGUGCAAAUAUUUGUUGCUCGCUUUGCUCAUAUCAAAAAAGUGGUAUUUGCAUCGUCUGUAAUAUUUCUUCUGAAAAAUGGCAGUAAUUUUGAAUUUAAGAAAACUCGUUCUUAAAGAGAGUCCUUUGCUAGGAAGUCAUCAGCACAUAAUAUGACAACUGGUAUUUGAGUUAUCAAAAGUUAUAAAUUUUUGGAAAAGUGGUAGCCAUUUUGAAAAGAGCAGCUGUACUAAAACUUCCUUCAUGAACAGAGGUUACAUUCUCAUAGAACAUUACCCUAUUAAAGAC